GCGGCAGUCUGGUGGUGGUUGGCGACCUGAUGCGCUCCCUGUCAUUGCUCAGCUACAGCGGCGAGCAGGGGCUGCUGGAGCUGCGGGCGGCGGACUACAACAGCGGCUGGACAACGGCGGUGGAGGCGCUGGAUGACGACACCUACAUUGCGGCUGACAACCACUGCAACAUGUACGUGGUACGGCGUAACGCCGACUCGGCAACGGACGAGGAACGAGCUAGGCUGGAGGUGGUUGGUGAGUUCCACUCGGGCAGCCUGAUCAACCGUUUCCGUUCCGGCUCACUCGUCAUGCGGUUGCCGGACAGCGAGCUGGCGAGCCAACUGCCACAACUGCCGCUGUUGGCGGCGGGUACGGACGGGCGGUUGGCGGUUGUUGCUCGGCUGCCGCCUGCACUGUACGACAAACUGAACCGGAUGCAGUCCGCCAUGCGGCAGGUGGUGCGGGGGGUGGGCGGGCUGAGUCACGAGCCCUGGCGGGCCUUCGCCAACGACCGCCGUACAACCGACAGCCGGGGCUUCGUGGAUGGAGACCUGAUUGAGACGUUUCUGGACCUGGGGCCCGAGGACGCGGCGCGGGUGGCGGCCCUCAUGUCGGGCGGCGGCGGUGGCGAGGGAGGGGCGGCGGGGGCCAGCAGCAGCAGCGGGGGUGGUGGUGGUGGUGGUGCGGGGGUGGUGAGUGUUGACGAGCUCACUCGACUCGUGGAGGAGCUGGCUCGAGCCCUACAUUGAGGCUGGCGGGGUUGACAGGAGCUAAAGAGGAGUUAACGAGCGGACGGGGCAGUUGGGGUGGCGUGCCGAAUGGGGGCAAGUGGGAAUAGGUAGGGCUAUGGGGACGGGAGCGUUGAGGGAGAUGUAGUUGUUUUUUGUGGAGGGACCGUGGAUAUGUGCCGGCUUCACUAGGUUGAUCGUUUGAUUUCUCCGGUAUAGCAGUAGGAGUCAGGCGGGGAGGCAUGAUGGAACUUCGGUGGAAAGGUUGGUUCGUUGGCUGUCCUUAAGGCUCCUACAAUGGAAUCAGCUUGUAAAAUACCGGUAUGUGAA